AUGGGUGUGUGUGUUGUGUGUGUGGGUUGUGUGUGUGUGUGUGUGUGGUGUGUGUGUGUGUGUGUGUGUGUGGUGUGUGUGUGUCUGUGUGUGUGUGUGUUGUGUGUGUGUCUGUGUGUGUGUGUUGUGUGUGUGUGUUGUGUGUGUGUGUGUGUGUUGUUGUGUGUGUGUGUUGUGUGUGUGUUGUGUGUGUGGUUGGUGUGGUGUGUGUUUGUGUGUGUGUGGUGUGUGUGUGGUGUGUGUGGUGUGUGGUGUGUGUGUGUGUGGUGUCCUCCAGCUGCUGUUCUACUCGGUGGUGAAGACUCUGUACACUCUGGGCCACAGUCUGUCCCUCAUCGCUCUCAUCACCUCUACACUCAUUCUCUGUCUGUUCAGGUAACACACACACAGAGACACACACACGCACGCACACAUACACACACACACAGACAAAGAGAGGCACACACACAUGCUUUGUGAAAGGAGUAGUGUUUUGGCAAAUUGUGUGCUUUGCUGUUUUUAAUAUGGGGGAUUAUCAAGGACCUUUCUGGAUGUUUAUAUUUCCCAUAAUUCACUUAUAGACACCGUUUAUAAACAUUCUUAUCAUGACCUCAUGUCUCAUGUGUGAGUGUGUGUGUGAGUGUGUGGGUGAGUGUGCUUGUGUGUGUGUGUGUGUGUGUGUGUGUGUUUGCGUGCGUGCGUGCGCGCGUGCGUGUGCGUGUGUGUGUGUGUAGGAGGCUCCACUGCACGAGGAACUACAUCCAUGUCAACCUGUUUGUGUCGUUCAUCUUGCGAGCUGUGGCCGUGCUGGUUAAAGACUCUGUUAUCUUCUCCCAUAAUGAAAACACUGACUGUAGCACGCAGCCCUCACUGGUGAGAUUCACACUGUAUAUUGCAAAAUGUAUGCCAACGUCUGUUUCCAAGGACUGUAAAAGUGUGAAAGUGUUACUACAGUAGUAAAAUGUGUUAUUUGUAGUUGGGCUGUGAAGUCAAUCUGACGUUGUUUAACUAACAUGGCUAACUACUCUGUGUGUGCUUGUGUGUGUGUGUGUGUGUAUUAGGUGGGCUGUAAGGUCAGUUUGGUGAUGUUUAACUAUUUCAUCAUGGCUAACUUCUUCUGGCUGCUGGUGGAGGGUCUCUACCUACACACACUCCUCCUCGUCACCUACGCAUACACACACCUCGCUGUCUACCUCACCAUCGGCUGGGGUAAGAACACACACCACACACACUUUGUAACCAUGGCCAUGAGCCAACGUUUUUUUCCCCCAGUAUAAUAAAUGAAAUAUGUAUAAAGUAUAAACACUGUUAUAAUGUCCUCUCUCUCUCGCUACUCUCCUUUGUCCAAAGUCUCUUCCUGGACUAGUUGUUAGUACUUCAUCCUUCAGCCUCUGACAGAAACCAUCCAUUGUGUUAAUGUUCCCAGUGUUUAGCUGGUUAUGGUUGAGUAUUAUGGAGUGUGUCUAUGGUGUUUAGUUUAUAGGCUGCUAUUUAGUGGAAGUCUCAAAGUAGUCUGGUUUCCUCUCUCUAUCUCACUUACUCAUCGAGGUCUAUGCUCUCUCUCUCUCUCCUCUCUCUCUCUCUCUCUCUCUCUCUCUCUUCUCUCUCUCGCUGCUCUCUCUUCUUCUCUCUCUCUCUCUAUCUCUCUCUCUCUCUCUCUCUCGCUUCUCUCUCUCUCUUCUAUCUCUCUCUAUCUCUCUCCUUCUCUCUCUUCUCCUCUCUCUCUCUCUCUCUCUCUCUCUCUCAGGGUUACCCUCAGUAUUUCUUGUGGUCUGGGUCUUCUGUAGGAUCUAUCUGGAAGACACCGGGUGAGUCUGCUCUGACAUCAUUAACAUGAGCCUGACCCUCUCACCGUCUCACUAGUCAACCGGGGACUUAUCAAUGUGUGGGUGUGGGUGUGCGUGUGCGUGUGUGUGUGUGUGUGUGUGUGUAGGUGCUGGGAGAGGAAUGACAUCCCCACCCCUAGGAGGGUGAUCGACUGGCCCAUAAUGGCAUCUGUGAUAGUGAGUAUCAGUAGAGCCGUCAUGGCAUCCCUGUAUCAGCAAGCCCUUUGAGUCACUGAACAAACUAGGAGAAACAGAAUUGGGCUGCUGUCUCAAUUCACGCUUAUUCUAAUGUCUAUUGUCUCGUUUCUUGUUGUCCCUGUCAGAUCAACUUUGUUAUUUUCAUCAGUAUCAUCCGUAUUCUAGUCCAGAAACUACGCUGCUCUGACGUGGGAGGGAACGACCAAUCACAAUACAGGUACUCUCUCAACAACCAAUCACAAUACAGGUAUCACCAACUGAUCAAAUGUUUUAAUUAAGCUUAUUUAAACCAGGAAGUUCCAUUGAUACCUCUUUUUCAAGGGAGACCUAGCAAAGAAGGCAGCUCCAGUAUAAAACACAGUGAAUUAUACACUCCAGAAACAAUCUGAGCACUACCACAACAUACACUCAUCGGCAUAGAUUAUUAGGGACACCCCUUUGCUACCAGAACAGCCUGAAUUCUUUGGAGCAUGGAUUUUGCAAGUCGAAACAUUCCACAGUGAUGUUGGUCCAUGCUGACGCGAUGGCAUCACGCAGUUGCUGCAGAUUGGACGUACACCACCGCCACCAGCCUGUACAGUUGACACCAGGCAGGAUGGGUCCAUGGACUCAUGCGGCUUACGCCAAAUCGUUGGACCAGGCAAUGUUUUUCCACUCAGCAAUUGUCCAGUGUUGGUGAUCGCGUUCCCACUGGAGCCGCUUCUUCUUGUUUUUAGCUAAUAGGAGUGGAACCCGGUGUGGUCGUCUGCUGCAAUAGCCCAUUUGUGACAAGGAUCGACGAGUUGUGCGUUCCGAGAUGCCGUUCUGCACAACACUGUUGUACUGCGCCAUUAUUUGUCUGUUUGUGGCCAGUCUGUUAGCUUGCACGAUUCUUGCAAUUCUCCUUCGACCUCUCUCGUCAAUAAGCAGUUUUUCGCCCACAGGACUGCUGCUAGACACCCUAGACACUGUCGUGCGUGAAAAGCCCAGAAGGGCAGCCAUUUCUGAGAUACUGGAUCUGGCAUGCCUGGCACCGCCGAUCACACCACGCUCAAAGUCACUUAUGUCACUCGUUUUUGCCCAUUCUAACGUUCAAUCGAACAGUAACUGAAUGCCUCGAUGCCUGUCUGCCUGCUUUAUAUAGCCAGCCACGGCACAUUACUUACUGUCUGUAGGAGCGAUCCAUUUUCGUGAACUGGUGUUGUAACUAAUAAACUGGCCAGUGAGUGUAUAUAUAUACACUCUCUCACACACACCUGUGUGUUGCAGGCGUCUGGCUAAGUCUACCCUGCUGUUGAUUCCUCUCUUUGGAGUCAACUACAUGGUGUUUGUCUACCUGGUGGAGACAGAGAGCGACAGGAUGGAGGAAUACAAGAUUCUCUUUGACCUGGUACUGGGGUCCUUCCAGGUAUAACACUACCUUAACCCCUAAUCUUUAGCCUUACCCCCCUAACCCUAACCCUAUCCAGUUUAACCCAGGUCUAGGAUCUAUAUAUGUGUCACGUCGUGUUGUGAUUAGUAUAUGACAUGUAUAGUGUGUAUAGAAGCUGUUGAUGUUGCCGUAUGCUGUGUGUUCUCUAGGGUCUGGUGGUAGCCAUCCUCUACUGCUUCCUCAACACUGAGGUCAGUCAGCUGAAUGUACUAUUACAUUUAACCUCAAAAUGUUCUCUGUAACCAUACUCUCUAAGACUGUGUGUGUGUGUGUGUGUGUGUGUGUGUGUGUGUGUGUGUGUGUGUGUGUGUGUGUGUGUGUGUGUGUGUGUGUGUGUGUGUGUGUGUGGUGUGUGUGUGUGUGUGUGUGUGUGUGUGUAUAUGUGCAGGUCCAAGGGGAGCUGAAGUUGAAGUGGAGGAGGGUGUCGUUGAAGCGCUACAUGUGGAGGGACUACCGUCUACACAGGGCGUCAAUCAGCCAUAACGGGACUGAUAACUAUACCCACUUCCUGCGGAACUCCAGAGCCCAAUCCAUCCUGCAGACAGAGACCACCUCACUGUGACACGAAAGUAGUUCCAGCUGUGUGACCCCGGACUUGGAUCUAACUCUUUCUUUGACCCGGAAGUAGAUCUGGGUUCAAUCAACCAGUCAAUCAAACAAUACAAUUUGAGGUGAAACUGAAAAGAGGAACAUUUCUAACAGAUAUAGAGAUAUUUCAAGACAGAGAUAUUUGCUUGUUAUAUAAACUGAUUAACUUUUACCAUAGUGCCAGGAGAGGCUGGAUGUUUCAUUCCAUACUGUGGAACUCUUGAGGAGCUGUCAAUACUGCCACAAUGUGUUUGUGUGCGAGCAAGUUUGCGUGUGCGUGUGUGUUUGUGAGUUUGCGUGUGAAUGUGUGUUUGUGUGUUUGUGUGUGUGUGUGU